CUUAGCCCCGAGGCAUGGACAGAGACGAAAGCAGCGCUGCCUGAAACAGAAAAGCCAUGCCAGAACGACAAGAAACCUCACUGGGGGUGCAUCAGCCGAGGCGAUGCCCACGAUGUGGAGAUAUUCUGGAAAUGGAACAUAGUGUUCUUUUAGGCUGCCGUUGCUGUUCUCCACUGGACGAGGUUCUAGAGAGUGUGGGCCGAGGCCAUGGUGUCCAGGCUGAAAAGAAGGCCCACUGGGCGGCUGGCCGAGUGGGGGACAUAGACUUCACUGGUCCAAGCAGGACAAGAGCGAAGUUUGUAAGGGUUCACAGCUCCACAGACCCUGUGCUUAUUUAUCAAAUGCUAACGGAGCAGUGGGGCCUGUCACCUCCACACCUGGUGGUGGCGCUAGUGGGAGGAGAUGAAUUGGCUCAGAUGAAACCAUGGCUCAGGGACACUGUGAGGAAAGGGUUGGUGAAGGCUGCACAGAGCACAGGAGCAUGGAUCCUGACCAAUGGCCUUCGAUUUGGUAUCACCAAGCAGCUGGGCCAGGCAGUCCGGGACCACUCUCUGGCCAGCACCUCUUCCAAAGUCAGAGUGGUGGCCAUUGGCAUUGCCCCCUGGAACAUGAUCCAUAAUCGGGAAGCACUGCUCACCUCCAAGCGGGAUGAACCUGCCGUAUACGUGCCACAGGAUUUGCCUCAUGGGACGGUCUAUUCACUGGACUGUAACCAUUCACACUUUGUCCUGGUAGAGGAAGACCCCAAUAGACCAGGGUCCACCAGUGAGAUGAGGGUCAAACUCCUCAAACACAUCUCCCUGCAACGCACUGGCUAUGGCGGUGCGGGAAGUUUUGAGAUCCCAGUGCUAUGUUUGCUAGUGCACGGAGAACCUAAGAUCUUGCAGAGGAUGUAUAAAGGAAUUGGAAAUGCAACACCCUGGCUGAUACUGGCUGGGUCGGGGGGUGUGGCAGACAUCUUGGUCACUUUGAUGAACAGGGGCAGUUGGGAUACUGACACUGUCCAGGAACUACUGCUGGACACAUUUCCCCAUGUACACCACAGCACUGAUAUCCCCAACUGGGCCAAACUGAUUCAGAAGAUAAUGGACAAUGGCCAUCUUCUUACCGUCCAUGACCCUGAACAGGAGAGUUCUGAGCUGGAUACGGUCAUCCUCAAAGCUCUGGUCAAAGCCUGUAAAAGUCAAAGUCAAGAAGCCCAAGAUUUCUUGGAUGAGCUGAAGUUGGCGGUAGCCUGGAACAGGGCAGACAUUGCCAAGAGUGAAAUCUUCAAUGGUGACGUUGAGUGGAGGGCAUGUGACCUGGAGGAAGUGAUGAUGGAUGCACUGAUCAAUGACAAACCAGACUUUGUGCGCCUCUUCGUGGAUAACGGGGUGAACCUGGCGGAAUUCCUGACCUAUGGGCGUCUGCAGGAGCUCUACUGUUCUGUGUCAGAGAAGAGCCUCCUUCAUGACCUACUUCUCAAGAAGAACCAGGAGAAGCAGCUUCUGGUGGGCUCGAACAGGCCCCCUGGGCUCCCUGGGCAUCACCAAGCAGAGCAGGGGGACCGACGUGCACGCUUCACCCUGCAAGAGGUGUCCAAAGUGUUGAAGGAUUUCCUGCAUGACUCCUCCAAAGGUUUCUACCAGAAGUUGCCUACGGAGAGAGUCAGCAAAGGCAGACUCUUUCACACCCAGAAGAAUCCUGCAGAGUUGGAAGAACGAUGUGAGCACCCUUGGAGAGACCUUUUUCUUUGGGCUGUUCUCCAGAAUCGACAACAGAUGGCCAAUUACUUCUGGGCUAUGGGCCCUGAAGCUGUGGCUGCUGCACUGGCAGGCUGUAAGAUCCUGAAGGAGCUGGCUCGCCUAGAGUCAGAAGCCGAAUCUGCUCGCAGCAUGAAGGAGGCCAAGUAUGAGCAGUUUGCCCUCGAUCUGUUUGGAGAGUGUUACUCUAACAGUGAGGACCGUGCCUAUGCACUGCUAGUUAGGAGAACUCGCUGCUGGAGCAAAACCACAGUUCUCAACUUGGCUACCGAAGCGGAUGCCAAAAGCUUCUUUGCACAUGAUGGGGUACAGGCAAUGCUCACUAAGAUGUGGUGGGGAGCAAUGACCACAGACACAGCCAUAUCUAAACUGGUAGUUUCCUUCUUUUGCCCUCCUCUCAUUUGGACAAACCUUAUCAAAUUCAGUGAUGAGGACACGGAUAGUCCCAGUGGGGGAGAACAGUUGGUAGAACUGGAUAGUUUAGACACAGAGAAGGCUCUACAACUAACAGAUGAAGACCCUUUGGACUCUAGGGCACCCCCAGGUGCUACAGCAACCCAGAGCAAUGCCGCAACAUGGUGGCGUUUUCUACUGCGCCGCUGGAGACGUUUUUGGAGUGCCCCCGUCACUGUAUUUCUGGGCAACGUCAUCAUGUAUUUCGCCUUUCUUUUCCUCUUUACCUAUGUUCUUCUUUUGGACUUUCGCCCGCCCCCCCCCAAAGGCCCUGGAGCCCCGGAGAUCAUGCUCUAUUUCUGGGUCUUCACACUGGUGCUGGAAGAGUUGAGACAGAGCUUCUUUACGGAUGAGGACACAAAUAUCUUGAAGAAGUUCAAACUAUACGUGGAGGACAACUGGAACAAGUGUGACAUGGUGGCCAUCUUGCUUUUUGUCAUAGGAGUAUCCUGCAGGAUGGCUGAUAGCACAUAUGAGGCUGGAAGAACAGUUCUGGCACUGGACUUCAUGGUGUUCACACUUAGGCUGAUCCACAUUUUUGCCAUCCAUAAGCAACUGGGACCAAAGAUUAUCAUUGUGGAGCGAAUGAUAAAGGAUGUGUUCUUUUUCCUCUUCUUCCUGAGUGUUUGGCUCAUAGCAUAUGGUGUGGCCACCCAAGCCUUGCUCCACCCCAAUGACCCACGUCUGGAUUGGGUGUUCCGCAGAGUUCUGUACCGUCCUUACUUACAUAUCUUUGGCCAGAUCCCCUUGGAGGAGAUAGAUGUUGCAAGAAUGCCCGAGACCAACUGCACCACAGUGAUCGAGGAGAUCAUCAUGGGCACCCUGCCACCUUGUCCCAACAUCUAUGCCAACUGGUUGGUCAUUCUACUGCUGGUGAUCUUCCUCCUGGUCACCAAUGUUCUCCUGCUCAACCUCCUUAUUGCCAUGUUCAGCUACACCUUCCAAGUGGUUCAGGGUAACACAGACAUCUUCUGGAAGUUCCAGAGGUACAAUCUCAUAGUGGAGUACCACAGCCGACCAGCCCUGGCACCACCCUUCAUCAUCAUAAGCCACUGUUCCCAGCUUCUCCUUAGUCUUGUCAAAAGGCCUGAAUCCAAGAUAGAGCACCUAGAGAGGGAGCUUCCUGUAGGGUUGGACCAGAGACUGAUGACAUGGGAAACUGUGCAGAAGGAAAACUACCUGGCUAAACUUGAGCGGCAGCACUUGGAGAGCAGUGAAGAAAGACUCAGGAGCACCUCUUUAAAGGUUCAGAGCUUGUUGAGAAACAUUGGGGGGUUCAAGGAACAGGAGAAAAGAUUGUCAUCCAUGGAGGCUCAGGUGAAGUACUGUGGGGAGGUGCUGUCCUGGAUGGCUGAAUGUUUUACUCUGAGUACACUCAAGUGUGAGCGGGAGGCUCCCAGAGCUCCAUUCUCUUUAACAGGUGUUCAAGCCAGCAACUUUUCCGAGUGCCCUCAAAGCACACCAGACAAGGAAGCCAAAUCAGAGAGGAGAGAACCCAAACCUGGCACCCCAGGAUAUGGAGCCACCAAAAGGUUCCCUUAUAUUGAUGAGUAAAACAAACAGCAACUACAGUGUAGUUUUCUGAGAUAUAUGAAAGUGACAUUACUAACUGAUUACUAUAAAGAAAUAUUAUGAAAACUGUCAUUAUGAAUAGCACAAUACAAGCACAAUAAGAUAUGUACAAUAUAGUACAGUUUGGGAUUUCUUCACUUCAUUAUGCUUUUGGGCCAAACAAGUGUCAAAAUGUAAAAAAUGUGUCAAAAUGCAAAUGUAUGUACGAAUAAAGUUACUGGUAUCAUAAUGUACUGUAUUGAUAAUUCUGUACAUGUU